GCCCCGCGCCGCCCCGCGCCGCCCCCGCCCUUCCCCGCGCCGCCCACGGGCUCCAGUCGCUGCCAUCGCCGUCCUGAGCGCAGCUCAGCUCCCGACUCCGGUAAACAGCCGCGCCACACGGACUUCUGGAUAUAUUUGGACACCGAACAGUUUCAGUCAAGCCAAAGCAUUCCCAGAGGCACAAAUCCAGCUCAGCUGAGUCACAACAGAAAUAAGUCAUCAUGGUGAAAAACCACGUGGGCUGCUGGCUCCUGGUUCUCUUUGUGGCCACAUGGAGUGAAGUGGGCCUCUGCAAGAAGCGGCCGAAGCCUGGAGGAUGGAACAGUGGGGGAAGCCGAUAUCCUGGGCAGGGCAGUUCUGGCAGCAACCGCUACCCACCCCAGGGUGGUGGAGGCUGGGGUCAGCAGCCCCAUGCUGGUGGAGGCUGGGGUCAGCAGCCCCAUGGAGGUGGAGGCUGGGGUCAGCAGCCCCAUGGAGGUGGAGGCUGGGGUCAGCAGCCCCAUGGUGGCGGAGGCUGGGGUCAAGCUGGCAGCCACAACCAGUGGAACAAGCCCAACAAACCCAAAACCAACAUGAAACAUGUAGCAGGAGCUGCUGCAGCUGGGGCAGUUGUUGGGGGCCUUGGUGGCUACUUAGUGGGGAGUGCCAUGAGCAGGCCCCCCAUCCACUUUGGCAAUGACUAUGAGGACCGUUACUAUCGUGAGAACAUAAACCGCUACCCCAACCAAGUGUACUACAAGCCGGUGGAUCAGUACAGUAACCAGAACAACUUCGUGCAUGACUGUGUCAACAUCACAGUCAAGCAGCACACCGUGACCACCACCACCAAGGGCGAGAACUUCACUGAGACAGACGUCAAGAUAAUGGAGCGAGUGGUGGAGCAGAUGUGCAUCACCCAGUACCAGCAAGCUCGGGCCUACCACGACGGGGCCAGCGUGCUCCUCUUCUCCUCCCCCGCUGUGAUUCUCCUCAUCUCUCUCCUCAUCUUCCUGCUAGUGGGAUGAGGACAGCCUUCCUGCUUUUCUUCUGUUACCAGGUUAGGAGGAGGUAUCUACCUGCAGCCCUUUUACUGAUGGUGUCUUAUUCCCGCUUCUCUCUUUGUCACCCAUAGGCUAGUACCCUUGGCACUGGUGGGCACUGGGAAAUGUAGAGCAAAAAAUCAGAAUGCUAGUUAUUCAAGCCUUCGAUUAAGAUCUUCAUAGGCUAUUGCUGAUGCUGAGUGAGUUAAGAGUACCAUGGGCAGAUAGUUCUUGGUUGGUUAAUGUAGACUUAUUUUUUAUCUAGAGCAAUGGAUUGAAGCCAAAAAAAAAAAAAAAAAGUCUCUAAAAUACCUUUGCUGAAAUACCCCUAGCUCCUUCCCCGACUCUAUAGAGCUCAGUAUCCUAAUGCCCCAUCUGUCUUAGUAGUGAUUUUGUGGUAAUCUGGAGGCAUUUUUCUCAUAUGUUUUAAGGAAAUAUGGCUGAAUUUCCUUCAGCUUAAGCUGCAUUUCGGCCAAAUGUGGAAGGAGGCUUACAUGAUGCUUAUUCGGGAAACAAAGCUAGAAAUCCUUAGCUCUGGGGCCACAGGCUCAGCUGCAAGAGUACCUGUGUCUUUGUCUACAGAAAGCUUUGAUGAUGUUUUGCAUUUUGCUGUACAGGCCAUACAGUAGUACUUUCAUAAAGAGCAAAUAUUCAUGUGACUCUAGACCUCUGGAAGAGGAUAUUUUGAUAGGGAAUAAAUAUAACUAAUGUAGUCUGGAAGACUUUGGGAGCUAAGAUACCCUGUAUUUAGGAGUGGUUCCCUUGAAAGCAAUCUCUCAUUUCAGAUGUUUAAAGUACCUACAUGUUACAUUCCUUUCUUUUGCAAUUUAAACUGUAAUUAAGGCAAUAAGAAGAAAAAAAAAAAAAGAACUUCUGGAUUGAGAUCAAAUUUCCUUUGUUUGCCUGGAAAUCAAAUUUUGGUAUUAUUUGAGUAGAACCAGGAUAUUUUUAAAGUAGAGAAAGCAGUAGAUAAAAACACUGUCAAUAGAGGAUUAUGAAAUGGAAAAAUACACAAAAGAGAUACUUGCAUUUAUUCAUUGCUGUUUCAUAGUUAUAACUAUAUCUUGGUUUGGUUGUGAAGGAAAUAUGAUCCAUUCAAAAAUGAAAAGAAAAUAUGUUACUGCUAUUUAAGGUAAAAUUAUUUUUUAGAUUAUUCAAUAUCAUCACUUAGCAAAUAUGUAUUACUAUUUUGCAAUGUUACUGGCUUACAUUGUGCAGGUAUUCUGUGUAAAAAAUAAUAUACAUAUUGCAUAUGAUAAAUUUAGAAGUUUUGUUUGGAACAGUUAACAUCUAAAGUAAUGUACUACUUAUUUUUGUAAAGUACUAAAAUACUCAGUUGUAAGGUACUGAAAUACUCAGUUUGUGAAGAAGCCUGUUUUGUGUGGUCUUUAGGCUUACAGUGCACUAAAUAGUUUUGUAUAAGGAUCCAAAGUGGUCUCAGAAUAUGCAUGUACUUUAUAUUUUCUAUAUUUGUAACUUUGCAUGUACUUUUUUGUUGUAUAAAACUUUAUAAAUGUUUAAUAUCUGACUGAAAUUAAAAGGGAGUCAGGCUGAG